UGGCCACAAUCAAAUAGUCUCUUCAAGCCUCUAAUAAGUUUGCCCACCUAUUACCAAACAUGAAGGAAGCUCAUCUCUUCAUGAAGGCUUUGCUUUACCCACCUUCUCUUCUUCCAAUACUUCAUGAAAAUGAAGGUCAUGGGCCACUAGGCACCAAACCAGACACAGAAGAAGGAAGGUCUGGAUCAGACAAAGUCACAUUUCGCGGAGUUUUGAUUCCGCCACCAAAAAAAAUAAAAAAUAAAAUAAAAAAAUAACAAAAAGAAUCCCAUUUGAAAUCAAGAGAGGAGGAUCAUUGUAGACAAAAAAAAUCCGGCCAACAUGAACGAUCUCUUCUCGGGUUCCUUCAAAAGGUACCAGGACCAAAAGCGCGACAUUGAGCUUGGUGAGGCCGGAAAUGAGACUGUUGAUCUUGAUAGAUUUUUCGAAGAUGUAGAGAAGGUGAAAGAGGACAUGAAAGAUGUGGAGGGACUCUACAAGAGACUCCAAGAAUCAAAUGAACAGAGCAAAACAGUGCACAAUGCCAAAAAAGUGAAGGAGCUCCGUUCUCGGAUGGAUUCAGAUGUCUCCCAGGUCUUGAAAAGGGUCAAAGUCAUCAAGGGGAAGCUAGAGGCGCUAGAUAGAUCCAAUGUAUCCCACCGGAGCAUUCCAGGGUGCGGUCCAGGCUCGUCUGCAGACCGAACCAGGACUGCAGUAGUCAGUGGUCUAGGCAAAAAGCUCAAGGACAUGAUGGACGAUUUCCAAAGCCUGAGGGCUAAAAUAUCAUCUGAAUACAAGGAAACAGUGGAGAGGAGGUACUUCACCAUAACAGGAGAGAAGGCAAACGAUGAACUGAUCGAAAACUUGAUAUCGAGUGGAGAGAGCGAGUCCUUCAUUCAAAAGGCCAUUCAGGAACAAGGGCGGGGGCAGAUCAUGGACACCAUCUCGGAGAUUCAAGAGAGGCAUGACGCGGUGAAGGAGAUCGAGAAGAACCUGAUUGAGCUCCACCAGGUGUUCCUGGACAUGGCUGCAUUGGUGGAGGCACAGGGGCAGCAACUGAAUAACAUAGAGAGUCAUGUGGCGCACGCAAGCUCGUUUGUUAGGAGAGGGACCGAUCAGCUCCAAGAGGCUAGGGAGUAUCAGAAGAAGUCCAGAAAAUGGACAUGCCUUGCAAUUAUACUUGGGACUUGCCUUGUCAUCCUAAUUCUUCUUCUAGUUUGGGUACAGGUUGCGCCUUUGCUCCGCACUAUGCAGCCAAAUGAUGAUACAAUGCCGCCGAAUUAAGCAGAUGUAGACAACCAUGUUCUUCUCUUCCCCUUGUUCAUUUUGGGCAUUGUAACACAAUUUCGAUUCCUCCUCUUUUUUUCAACACAUAUGGAAUUAGAUGUUGUGCAAAACAUCCUUUUCUACACAAAAAGAUUUUAGUUUGCAUUUUGUUUUUGUCAAGUGAUUAGGUAAUCGAAUUAUUCUGCAACUGCAUUUUAAUUC